CUCAAAACUCCAAAAUGUGCAUGCAAGCGACCUGUGCUACCUGCGGUGGCAAAAGCUGGCGUGGAUGUGGUCAACAUAUCCCUCGCGUUCUCGAUAGCGUUCCUGUCGAGGAGUGGUGCACUUGCCAGAAGCCGGAGGGGAGCAAUUACCCGCCCAAGGCCCAAUAAAUGUCUUCCCGGGAUAGCGGAACAGUUUUUGUCCAUGGCUCCGCGAGAAAAGGCAGGAGUGCAGGAUCGGUUUUGCCAAGUCGGUGUGUGGUUUCUACGGCACGGCGGGUUCGUGUUUGUUGUCUGUGUGCAAUGCGGGUAUGAAGUUUAUCUAUGCUAUUGUGGGUUUAAUUGAAAGUGAAGAAUUGAUUUCUCAAUUUUCCACCG